AUGGCGUUAUUCCCACUAGUGGUGUUUCUGGCUGCUGUGCUGCUUCCAUCUAUACCCACAGAAGGAAAGGAUCCAUCCUUUACUGCUUUGCUAGCCACUCAAACGCAAGUCCAAAAAGAGAUUGUAAAUAAACACAAUGAACUAAGGAAAUCAGUCUCUCCACCUGCCAGCAACAUGCUAAAGAUGGAAUGGAACCAAGAAGCAGCAGCAAAUGCCCAAAAGUGGGCAAACAAGUGCACUUUAGAGCACAGCGUGCCAGAGGACCGAAAAACCAGUACACAUCCUGACAGGUAUAAGGUUGUUUGGUACUCUUCUUACCAAGUUGGAUGUGGAAUUGCCUAUUGCCCCAAUCAAGAAAGUCUAAAAUACUACUAUGUUUGCCAAUAUUGUCCUGCUGGCAAUAAUGUGAGUAAAAAGAAUACCCCUUACCAACAAGGAACACCUUGUGCUAGUUGCCCUGGUAACUGUGACAAUGGUCUAUGCACCAACAGUUGCGAGUUUGAAGAUCUCCUUAGUAACUGUGAUUCGUUGAAGAAAACAGCUGGCUGUGGACAUGAAUUGCUUAAGGAAAAGUGCAAGGCUACUUGCCUAUGUGAAAACAAAAUUUACUGAGAUGCCCAGUGUGCAUUGCACAGGACUAAGUGAAGAGAGUUGCAUCAUCUUAUUGACACAUACCACAGGGGAAAUUGUAGGCAUGUUAGUUACAAACAUGGUUCCACUCCGUAAUUCAUCUUUUUCUCCUGGAUCUAUAGAAAUGUCUUCCAUACAGCAAUUUACACAAGCAACGAAGUCUGAGGACAACUUUGGACUUCGAUAGAAAUUUGGUACUUUAAACAACAAAUUGAAUCAAAUUGACAAUUUUGAAAGUUGUAGAACCAUAGACCUUCGGUCCCUAGAACUUUGGAUUAAAAGGGAGAAGUACAUGUUUCCUGAAACAACAUGC